CUCAGCCUCUCCCUCUCUGGCUUCAUCUGCUCAUUUCAGCGUGCAGGCAGGAAGAGAUGGCAGCCGGGGAGGUGCAGGUCUAUGCGAAGGUCAACAGCAAGCUCAGAGGCCGCAGCGCCGCCUCGCUCCUGGACCCGCUUCUGGGGAUGGGCUUCCCGGCACACACGGCGCUGAAGGCAUUGGCAGCCACUGGGAGAAAGUCGGCGAAAGAGGCAGCCGAGUGGCUGCGCUGUCACUGCAACGACCCUUCUCUGGAUGACCCCAUCCCCCAGGAGUAUGCCCUUUUCCUCUGUCCCACGGGGCCCCUGCUGGAAAAGCUUCAAGAGUUCUGGAGAGAGAGCAAGCGCCAGUGCACGAGGAACCGAGCCCAUGAGGUCUUCCCGCACAUAACGCUCUGUGACUUCUUCACGUGUGAAGACCAGAAGGCGGAGUGCCUGUACGAGGCUCUGAAGAGAGCCGGCGACCGGAUGCUGGGCUCCUUCCCCCCGGUGGUCCCUCUGGUUCUCCAUUCUUCCAUCAGCUACCUGGGCUUCUUCGUGAGCGAGGGCUCUGCAGACGUCAUCCGGGAAUUCGCCACGAUAUUCGCCACGGAGGCGGCCGUCUUAGCAGACUGCACCGUGAAGCCCUGCACCAAGCAGCUGCAUCUGACACUGGCCCACAAGUUCUACCCCCACCACCAGAGGACGCUGGAGCAGCUGGCCAAGGAGGUGAACCCGGGCCACAGCUGCCAGUGGACCGCGGCGCUGUACUCGCGGGACAUGCGCUUUGUGCACUACCAGACCCUGAGGGCCGUGUUUCAGUACAAACCCCAGAACGUGGACGAGCUGCCACUAAAUCCCGGCGACUACAUCUUCGUGGACCCCACGGAGCAGGAGGAAGCCAGCGAGGGCUGGGUCAUUGGGCUCUCGCAGCGGACCGGCUGCCGAGGCUUCCUGCCCGAGAACUACACGGAGCGAGCCAGUGAGUGCGACACCUGGGUGAAACACAGGACAUACACCUUCAGUCUAGCCGCGGACCCGAACUCCAGAAAGGACGGGGAAGCCAGCAGCAGACAGAAUGGGGAAAUCCAUCCUCCCCCAAGGCCACGGAGCGCCAGCAGCCUGCAGGCUUUACAGGCCGCCAUCGUGAGGCGAAGCGUGCUGGUGGUGCGCCACGGGGAGCGGGUGGACCAGGUCUUCGGGAAGUCCUGGCUGCAGCAGUGCUCCACUCCCGACGGGAAAUACUACCGGCCAGACCUGAACUUCCCCUGCAGCCUGCCCCGGCGGAGCCACGGCCUCAAAGCCUUUGAAAACGAUCCGCCAUUAUCGUCUUGUGGAAUUUUCCAAGCCAGAACGGCAGGAGAAGCACUGCUGGACAGCGGCGUCAGAAUCACCUCCGUGUUCACCUCCCCGGCCCUCCGCUGCGUGCAGACGGCCAAGCACAUCCUGGAAGAGCUCAAACUGGAGAAAAAAUUAAAGAUACGCGUGGAGCCCGGGAUCUUCGAAUGGACGAAAUGGGAGGCCGGCAGAAGCGCCCCGAGCCUCAUGACCCUGGAGGAGCUGAGAGAGGCGAACGUCAACGUCAGCAUGGAGUACAGGUCCGCCUUCCCCUUCGCCGCCCUCCUGCCUGCGGAGAGCUAUGACGAGUUCGUGCGCAGGUGCGCGGUGAGCGUGGAGCACAUGCUCAGCGGCUGCCCGCAGGACGCAGGCAUCGUCCUCAUCGUGGGCCACGGCUCGGCGCUGGACUCCUGCACGCGCCCGCUGCUCGGGCUGCCGCCCCGGGACUGCGCGGACUUCGCCCACCUGGUGAGAAAGAUUCCUUCCCUGGGGAUGUGCUUCUGCGAAGAGGUCAGAGAGGAAGGCAAGUGGGAGCUGGCGGCCCCUCCCGUGAAGACGCUGACCCACGGCUCCAACUCGGCGUUUAACUGGAGGAACUGGAUCCUGGGCAACUGAGAGUGCCGGCA